AUGGGGAGCAGUUCAAUUCUCUCAGCUGUCGCCAAGAGAUUGGAAGGCAAAGUAGCCCUAAUUACAGGUGGAGCAGGAGGGCUUGGAUCCGCUACAGCAGACUUAUUUUGUCAACAUGGUGCUAAAGUCUUGAUUGCUGACAUCAAAGAUGAUCAGAGCCAUUCGAUCUGCAAAAACAUAUCUACAUCAAAUGCUUCUUUCAUCCACUGCGAUGUUACAAAUGAAUCAGACGUCCAAAAUGCUGUUAACACUGCGGUUUCAAAGCACGGAAAACUUGAUAUCAUGUUCAACAAUGCAGGAAUCAUGGAUGUCAAAAAACCCGACAUUUUAAAUAAUGAUCGAGCUGAUUUUGACAACAUUCUUCGCGUAAAUGUCACGGGUGCCUUUUUGGGCACUAAACAUGCUGCCCGGGUCAUGAAACCGGUCGGCCAAGGGAGCAUAAUCAACACAGCUAGUGUUUGUUCAGUUAUGGGGGGCGUGGCUACUCAUGCUUAUACAUGUUCCAAGCAUGCACUGUUGGGACUUACCAGGAACACUGCGAUUGAGUUAGGACAAUAUGGAAUUCGAGUUAAUUCUGUGUCACCAUAUGCAUUUCCUUCAUAUCAAUCGAGGACAUUGUUAGGGCUAAAAGGGAAUGAAUGGCUGGAUGAUAAGUAUUCAAAUUUGAGGGCAGAGGAUGUGGCUCAAUGUGUUGUAUAUUUAGCAAGUGAUGAAUCUAAAUGCUGGAAAAUUAAGCAUCGAUCUGUUUUUGAGCCUGGUAUAGUAAUCAUGUCGAGGGGAAUGCUUCUCAUUGUUCUUAUGCUGAUACUGAUUAUAACAUCUCAAUUUGAAUGGAGGCAACAGCUUGGGGGCGACGCAGAUACGAGUUCAAGGGAGUCUCAGAAGCAGCCACAAAUUUCUAAGAGAGAAGUUGUCAAAGAGAAGAUUAUCUUAUCACAAGAGAAGAACAUCCAGAGACUCAAUGAGCUCGUGCGGAGUCUUAAGGAACAAUUACAGCUGUGCCAGUGUAAUAACGAGACCAGUAAUGGCACUGUUAGCUCGUUGACCGAAAACAUUAUUGAGCUUGAGCAACAAAUUCUGGAGGACUAA